AGCCCUUGCGAACCUCUUUAAGAUCUUGUCGUUUACCAACCCCAGCACUAAGAUCACCAGUAAGACAGUGGCCUUGUCGUCGGAAUACUUGACUAUGUUCACCCGAGAAGCCGUGCUCAGAGCUAACCAGGCGCGGUUAGCAGAGGAGUUCGAAAGGCAGGAACAAGGAUUGCAAGAAGAUGAUGCGGAAGAUGAGGGUGGUGUGUUGGAUACUCAGCACUUGGAGAAUAUCUCGGGUGUGUUGGUAUUGGAUUUUUAGCAAGUUACCUUGAACGGCAGGGAUUCCUUACUACAGAAUAGCAGUCCUCCAUGAUCGUCUUAACCCGAGAGAUGGGCAUGAUAGCUCUACUGGUGGUUUGUACAGAAUCAAGACAUUGGUGUUUAGCCGUGAGGUAAAGAAGCCGAUGCCAUGGGUAAUUCCCUGAGGGUCAUAUGAGACCAGUGGAUGACCAUUAACCCGCAACCUCCUUUUGGAGUAUUGAAAAAAUUAACAGAGAUUGACUAUAUAUUCGUGAUAUUGCAUUUAAGCUGCAAGUGACAAGAAUUUAUAGAUAAGGGAUAGAUACCCAGAAAUACAUACGGUCCAUCAGGAUUUUAGAACCUUAAAUAACCUGAAGCAACAAGCC